UUGGAGGCUCCAACUUCUGCAGGGGCAGCGGUGCCUGCGCCGCAGCAUCGCCUGGAAACCUCGCCUGUCAUUUCUUCCCUUUUUUUUUUUUUUUUUAAAGCUAAAAAAAGAAAUUUGCCUCGCUGCCUGAAAUCCCCAUGGAAUCCAAGGAAGGGUUCAGGCAGGAAAGGGCCAACGCAUCUUGGUGGGAUGAUGUCCACUCCAGCCCGGCAGUGCACGACGUGGAAUGCUGCUGGGAAUGAAGUGCACGCUCGACAUUUGCUGCAUCUGCCGGAGAGUCAGGGUUCAGUGGCUGCCUCCCCUUCAACCAGCUGUUCCAUUUAAUCACUGCACUUCUAACUUUUGCCUUGCGAUGCCUGACGGCCAGUUGAGCCGGGAGAACUAGCACGGGAUUUUUAAGACCAACUAAAAAAACCUGUACCCUUUAUUAUCCUACUUCUACACGGGACUGGCGAGGCACACUUUAAACAGCCAUGUAAAGACCUUUCUUUCUGAAGGAUUGCCACAUUUUUGAGUCCUUGCAAACUGGAGUGCCCAGGACGAUUUCUUUCUAUAUUUUCCUGCUGUGAAGUGAGGAGCCGCGUGUGUUGUUGCUGCUUGGCUGUGGGAGGCAGCCUGAAAGUGAGCUGGAGCUGGCUGGAAAGUGAUUCCAGUUCAGGCAGGGGGAGAGAAAGGAGAGGCUGGUACAGUUAGUUGAAUGAUUUGAUAGAUAACAGCAGACAUGCUCUGUGGACUGAAAAAGGAUUUGCAGUCAGACUUUGAUGAUGGCCCUUACUCGAAGGGGAGCAAGGACUCUGGUGGGAUGGACUCAGCCCUGGUCUCCAGGAGGCAAAGCAUCCCAGAGGAGUUCAGAGGUGUCACCAUUGUGGAGCUGAUUAAGAAGGAAGGAAGCACCCUUGGGUUAACCAUUUCAGGUGGCACGGACAAGGAUGGAAAGCCAAGAGUCUCUAAUCUGCGACCAGGAGGACUGGCUGCGAGAAGUGACCAGCUGAACGUCGGGGAUUACAUCAAGUCAGUGAACGGCAUCAACCUGACCAAGCUGCGGCACGACGAGAUCAUCAGCCUGCUGAAGAACGUGGGCGAAAGGGUAGUGCUGGAAGUGGAGUAUGAGCUCCCACCAGCCGUGCCAGAGAGCAGUGCUGGCAUUAUUCCCAAGACCAUUGAGGUGUCCCUCUACAAAGAAGGCAACAGCUUUGGCUUCGUGCUGAGAGGGGGAGCCCAUGAAGACUGGCACAAGUCCAGGCCACUGGUGCUCACCUAUGUGAGGCCGGGUGGCCCAGCAGACAGGGAAGGUUCCUUGAAAAUUGGGGACAGGCUGCUGAGUGUCGAUGGGAUCCCUCUGCACAGCAUGACCCACGCUGAUGCCCUCAACAUCCUGCGGCAGUGCAGCCAGGAGGCACUCUUCCAGAUCGAGUAUGAUGUGACCAUCAUGGAUACUGUAGCAAAUGCUUCAGGUCCUUUGCUAGUUGAAAUAGCAAAGACUCCAGGGUCUACACUAGGAAUCUCACUGACGACAAACAUGCACCGGAACAAGCAGGUCAUUAUCAUCGACAAGAUCAAGCCAGCCAGUGUGGUGGACAGAUGUGGCGCGUUGCAUGUUGGAGACCAUAUUCUCUCCAUUGAUGGCACGAGCACAGAGCACUGCUCUUUAUUAGAGGCAACUCAGCUUUUAGCUGCUACUUCAGAAAAUGUCAAGCUGGAGAUAUUACCUGUUCACCAAAGCAGGCUGCCUUUGAAGCCUCCAGAAACAGUCAAGGUGCAGAAGAGUGACCACCACCACUGCUGGGACCCCUGUGUCAACUACUGUCACACCCACCACCCUGGGCACUGCAAGACACCCACUUGGAACCAGACACCUGGACAGGACUACUGCAAAUCUCUGGUGGCUGCCAACUUCUCAUCUCCCACCAUGAACACGCAGGGCUUCCCCUGCCAAAACUCCAACACGCUACCUCGCAGCUCCCACCCCAUGAGCCCCCGCACCACCAUGCUGAGGAGGAGGCAGAAGAAGAAGGAGCACAAAAGCUCAUUGUCACUGGCCUCCAGCACGGUGGGUCCCGGCGGGCAGAUAGUCCACACGGAGACAACAGAGGUGGUGCUCAGGGGAGACCCUUUGAAUGGCUUUGGACUUCAGCUCCAGGGAGGCAUCUUUGCUACCGAAACCCUGUCUUCCCCACCUCUCGUCCGUUUUAUUGAGCCUGACAGCCCGGCAGAGAGGUGUGGGCUGCUGCAAGUAGGAGACAGAGUCCUGUCUAUCAACGGCAUUGCGACUGAGGACGGGACCAUGGAGGAAGCUAAUCAGCUUUUGCGUGAUGCCGCCCUCACCAACAAAGUGGAGCUUGAGAUUGAAUUUGAUGUUGCAGAGUCUGUCAUACCCAGCAGUGGUACUUUCCACGUUAAAUUGCCCAAGAAAAGGGGUGUAGAGCUUGGAAUUACAAUCAGCUCUGCGAGCAGAAAGCCUGGGGAGCCUUUGAUCAUCUCUGAUAUCAAGAAGGGGAGUGUAGCACAUAGAACUGGAACCUUGGAGCCAGGAGACAAGCUGUUAGCCAUUGAUAACAUCCGACUCGACAAUUGCUCAAUGGAGGAUGCUGUGCAGAUUUUAAGGCAGUGUGAAGACCUGGUCAAAUUGAAGAUUAGGAAGGAUGAAGAUAACUCUGAUGAGCAGGAGACCACGGGGGCUAUUAUCUACACGGUGGAGCUGAAGAGAUAUGGUGGGCCCCUGGGAAUAACCAUCUCUGGGACAGAAGAACCCUUUGAUCCUAUUGUCAUUUCAGGCUUGACUAAACGAGGGCUGGCAGAAAGAACUGGAGCCAUCCAUGUUGGUGACCGGAUAUUAGCCAUUAAUAACGUGAGCCUCAAGGGGAAGCCACUGAGCGAGGCCAUUCACCUGCUGCAGAUGGCAGGAGAGACAGUCACUCUGAAGAUCAAGAAGCAGAUGGAGAAAUCCUAUUCCAAGAAGCCGGGGAGUAUAAAUGAAGUGAGUGACCCUGAAGAUGAACUGACAGACUCCCAGAAAACCAGCAAGCUGUCUGAGAUAUACGCUGCCACAAUUCCUAGUGUGGACAGUGCUAUGGAGUCCUGGGAUGGCUCCGGCAUUGAUGCUGGGUAUGGAAGCCAAGGUACAUACAUACCUCAGGCUGCAGGUAUAACCCUCCAUCCCCACGAAUGGAGACACAGCAGGCAAAAGAGCAGCACUCCUCCGGGGGACCCCAGGAAAAACUACCCCUACAUGGAUGGAAGCUUCAGUGAAGAUGACUGGGACAAGCCCAGCAGAUACCCCAACCGCCAAAAUGGCCUUGAGACCACUCAUGAGGAUAGUUUUUGGCGUGUUUUUGGAGAAGCUUUGGAGGAUUUGGAAACAUGCGGCCAGUCUGAACUUUUGAGGGAGAUUGAGGCAUCCAUCAUGACAGGGAGCGUGCACAACCUGGGCCUGGAGGGCAGCAAGCUGCUAGUGGACUCUGUCAACCCAUCAGGAAUGAGCCCAUUGAGGAAAGCAAACCCCAGCUGUGAUGAUGGACAGACUGAGAGCAGCAGCUCCCCUGCCAAGAAGAAUGACAGGAAUCGGGACAUGAAGAAGAUUGAGAAGGAAAUGCAGGAAAUCAUGUCUCCUACCCCCCUCGAGUUUCACAAGAUGACACUCCACAAAGACCCGGAGAGCGAAGACUUCGGGUUCAGUGUUUCGGAUGGCCUGCUAGAGAAAGGUGUCUAUGUAAAUAUGGUCCGUCCGGAUGGGCCAGCAGAUCAGUGUGGCCUCAAGCCAUAUGACAGAGUGCUUCAGGUAAACCGCAUCCGAACAAGAGACUUUGACUGCUGUCUGGCUGUUCCCCUGAUUGCGGAGGCUGGAGAUAAGCUGGACCUGGUGAUCAGCAGAAACCCCCUGGCAUUGGCUGCCAAUGCUCCCUUGGAGGGGAAUGGAGAGCUGCCAGGACAGGCAGCCCAUGGCACUGAGGACAAGGCGAACAUCCAAACGCUCUGAGCAGCGGGAGCAGAGAGGACAGUGCUCAGGGCCUCUGCUGAGCUCUUGUGGUAUUUGGGGUGUUUUUCCUGUUUUUUUGCACUGGUAUUUGUAAACGCUGUGUGUACCAUAACCUUCAAGUGGGGAGGUGGGUCUUCAGUGAACUGUUGUCUGUAGACCGCCAAAUGUUGCUGGGAAGGUCAUAGCUGGAUGUGCAUCUCAGGCUGAGCGCAGCCGUGGGGUGGUAGGAUGAGCUGCCGACAGGAGGAAGGAGCAUCCACAGCCAUCCCCCAUGGCAGGGCAUCCCCCUGCCCCCUGGCCAUUGCGGGGUGUGGGGUCCUGCCUCUGACACCCUCCUCGCCCUGAAGGCAUGGGCCAUCCUAUAAACACACGUGGUGCUAUUAUGUUUCUUGUUUGCUUGGUUGGUAGCAAGACUGAAAUGUCUUUUCUGUUCUGCCCAGCCCCAUCCUUUAAACACUUCCAAUAAAUGGAUGUCCUCAGCCCCUGGCAUUCCUGGUGCAGGGCUGUCAAGAGUCCUGUUUAAACAUUUCAAAAUGUGCUUCAGAGUGGGUGGAUGUGAUUCUUGAUCAAAAAUUGGUAUUUGCAGCUGCCUCCUGCCAGCCCCAUCCACAUUCCCUGCCAGGGCUGGCACCUCAUCUCUCCAUUGAUUCCCAUGAGCAAUGUGGUGACCUGUGCUGGCGCAGUUCUUACAGAGCAGAAGGCUGAACCCGAGGCUAAAGGCUCUGAAUACCUGCCCAGAUCCUCAGCCACCUUGCUCAUCUGGGCUUUAUGGAGGUGCCUGCAAGUCUGGCCUGUACCCACAAUCAAACAGCAGACUAGCCAUCUUCCCAGGGCUGUCCCUGAUAUUUUGGACUAAUAACCCUGUCAGGCAGUGGCAUGAGAAGCCCUUCGUUAGCUGGAGGUUGUGUCCUGUGUCCUGCGUGGUCUGGGCAGUGUGUGUGCCCUUGUGGGUUCGGCUGCUCUCCCCCAGUCUCCCUGCCUUUGCCUGCCUCUGGCCUCUCUGUGGUUUUGCAAGCAUGAUGCCCCGUGGUCACUCCUCUCCCUCCCAAGAGCCCCCAGCCCUGUGGAGAACAGGGGCUGUGAUGUUUGCAUCAUGUCCUCAUCUUCCUGCCAUGUUUCACCUAUUAGCACUUUAUGAUAAUGUCCGUGUCCCGGUGAUGAUGGCGUGAGCCUGGCACUGUUUUCCCCGGGAAGGCUCAGGCAUGGUGGGGAUGAGGAGCUUGCUCAGUUGGAGCCCUGGAGCCCUGGCACCCACCACCCUGGGUCUCUGCUCACCCUUUUGGUUCCUCCAUCACCACCUGCAUUCUGGUGGUGUGUGUAGGGAUUUGGAUGGGUCUAUGUGACAUGUUUGUCGCUUUGCUGAGGCAGAACUUGUCCCCCACCAUCCAUCCCUGAGCUACUUUGCGACUCUGACCCUCUGCAAUAGUGCGAUGUGUUAGGUGUCCAGACGUGUCUGGCCCCAUCCAGCUAUCUGUUGUUGUAGCCAUGUUCUCCUGGAGUAUGCAAUAUCCCAUUCCAUUGCUGCCACAACUAGAUAAUGUGCCAUAAUCAAUACUGUGGAGCAUUGACAGUGCAGCCGGAAGUGUUUUUAUAUGCAAUAUUCUGAGCAGUGGAAGCUCAUGGGGCUUCUCAUAGGUUUUUAAUGAAGACUUUUAUUAAAGGCUUUAAAAAAAAAAAAAAAAAGGAAGAAAAACUUGGUCCUUGUAUCCCUUCCUAUGCAUUUUGAAUGAUAUGAAGAUGAAAUGCAUUACUUAAAUGUGUAUUUUUAUCCAUAUAUUAGAGUGUAUUCCUUGUAAAGUAUUUUUAUAUGCUAAUUUUCUUAUGUAUCUAUGAAAGCACAAUAUUUAAAAGUACAGCAUUUCAAAGAAUAUUUUAGUCCUGUUUUGGACCUAUUUGUAAAUCUCUGUAUUUAAAUGGGAUUGCAAUGACUUUGACUUUUUUUUUUAAAUUAAAUAAAAGCAAAUGAAAUGCG